UUUUCACGAGUAAAGCGAAAUAUGGCAAGAAAGUUGUAAAAUCUGUUGUGCGACACAGGACUUGUGGAAUAUGUCAAUGGUGGAGACGAAAUCGACCCAUGAUGCCGGUUCGAAAACACCGUUGUGUAUUUAAUCACAUUGGUAGUGCUAGAUUGAUGGAAUGCAAAAGUGUUGUUCAAGGUGUUAAAGAACUAUCAGAAGAAGGAACACCUGUUGAAGUUAUUGAGGGGGAUGGUGAUAAUACCAUGUUAGCACAUAUCAAGACAGAUUUAGAUAUAACAUUAAAGAAAAAAUUUGACAGAAAUCAUGUGGUGAAAAACAUUACGAAGAAGUUGUUUGCUGUCAAGAAACUGAGUAAAAGUGUGAUCAUGCAUUUACAGAAAUGUUUCAAAUAUGCAUUUGCUAAAAAUCAGGGAGAUGCGAAAGGACUGGAGGAGAAUUUACGGGCAAUAGUUCCUCACCAGUUUGGUGACCAUAGUUUGUGUGACUCGAAAUUCUGUGGAUUUAAGCGAAGUCCUGAUCAGGCAUACAGCCAUAAGAGUUUACCAUACAAAACAGCUCUAAAGGAUGACGAGAUGAGAUUUAAACUUGAUGAGAUUUUCUCGACAGUCAUCGCCAAUUCGGAACAGUUUGCUGAAUUAGGUUCAAGUCAACAAUGCGAGCAUGCGAAUCGAGAGGUCACUCUUAGAGUUCCAAAGUCCCUACAUUAUGGGAAUUCAGAGGCUCUUGAUUUCAGAGUAGCUGCAACAACAGCUUUCAUAAACGAGGGAAGAGAGUAUAUCACAAAGCAUUUUGAGACAUCUUGGGAAAUCAUGUCAACCAAGAUGCAGGAAUUUCACCAGGGAAAUUCACCAAAGCUUAUGCUGAUGAUCAGAUGAAGCGCCGCAAGCACUCACAAGAAAAGUCAAAGCUGCCCUCUACAAAGCGACGACGCUUGAUCCUGAAACAGGAACGUGUCAUAACACAAGGAGCAAAUGAAGUAUUAGAGGGUGCAUCAUAUCAGUCUGAUAUAGCACUUGAUUCAAAUCUAGAUGUGGAACAGUUGCCAGAGGCAGUGCCCAGUGGGAAUUUUAAAGCUGUUUCAAUCCCUGAGAAUUCUACAUUUGUCGCAUUUGAUUUGGAGACGACUGAUCUAGUUCGAGGAGGAAGGAUGCCUCAUAUUACCCAGAUUGCUGCCAAGACCAUUGGAACCAAUGACAGCUUUUCUGCUUACGUCAUUCCAAAAAUGCCUAUAUCAUCUGCAGCCCAAGAUAUCACAGGGAUUGUGUACAACAACAGUGGCACAAUGACUGUUCGUGGAAAACAUGUGGAACCAAAGACCUUGAGUUCUGCUGUUACCAAGUUAUGCGAUUGGCUAGCCCAGUAUCCGCAUGUGUUUCUAGUUGCCCACAAUGGAAAGACGUUUGAUUACCCUGUGUUCCUGUCUGCAUUGAGCAGUAUCGGUAGUGUGGGCAGAUUCAUGGAUUGUGUAAUAGGACUCAUCGAUAGCUUGGCCGUCUUCAAGAAAAAAUACCCCCGUUUAUCAUCUUACAAACAGGAAGAACUUGCUAAAUCCCUUUUGAAUGCUACGUAUGGAGCACAUGAUGCUGAAGAGGAUGUGAAUAUACUUGUGGACCUUGUUUCACACUCAAAGAUGACCGAAAAGGAACUUUCUACUUUCAGUUUUCCACCAAGCGCAGUUUGCAACCAGCUAAAGUACAACAAGAUGAAAGCAUCCAACUUGCCUUCACUACAUCCUCUUAUUGGAAAAGGAGUUUUCAGGAUCACUAUAGCUGAAAAAAUUGCAGGUUCAGGACUUAAUAUCUCUCAUCUCAGAAAAAAUUUUCAACGAGAUGGGGAAGAUGGGCUUUAUAAUACGUUUGUUUGUAAAAACAGUGAUGGACAGCCCCGUGUUACAAAUACAAAAAAAACACUAGAGGAAGUGAUUCCCAAACUUGUUCAGGCUUUAAAGUGAUUCUUAAAAUUAUGUAUUUGUAGAUUUGUUUAAUAGUUGAACAUGCCUCUUGGGAAUUAUUUCAUGAAUACUAUGACACUUCAGAAAUAUUUAUUUUUGCUCACACAUCAAAUUAUCUAAUUCACACAGAGAGUUGUGUCAAAGUCAAUGUUCAUACCAAUUUUGAUAUGCAUGUAGUUAAUUUGAGAUGUUUUUGCUGAGCUUGUAUAAUUCAUGCAAUAUCAAGAAUCAUGAUUAUAAUUUCAUCAUAUGUUGUUAUUAUAUUUAUUACUAUGUAAUUAUUAUUUAAUUGGUUGCAAAUUGCACUCGGAGAUAAGCUGAAAGUAGAGAGUUCUUUUCCGGUCAUGUCAGGGUCAAUCUUUGAAAUAAAACUGCAUGUACAGUAUUAUUUAUGGAAUGCAAAUAUAUUCAUAUUUACAUGUGUAAACUACACAACUUGGUUAUACAAGAUGUUUUCUGCAUUGAAGAAAUCCAUGAGAUAUUUUUUUGGCCGUGGCUCCUGCAAAAUUAAUUCAAGGCCAUUUUAAUUGAUAGAUACAAUUAUGUGGGUUUUUUUUAAAGAUUAAUUACAGGGUUAAGGAAAUAUUAACAUUAUUGAACUAUAUUAUCUCUAUGUGGUUAAGACUUUAAAACCAUAAAUUUUACAUAAUUUUUUAUUUUUCAUUAAAUCAAAAGCUCUAAAUUGGCACCGUUAUGUGAUGAAGGUCAAUUUAAAUUUGUCAAGGUCAUUGCUUUGAAGGAAACAUUAGCCAGAAGAAAUUGCAAUUAAUCAAUUAUUAAGUUUAAUUCAUAAAUAUGUGUUAGGUUUUAGUUAAAAAUGAGCAAAAAUACAUUUUUUUUAUGCAUUUAGUAAUGUCCGCAGAGGAAAAAAAUAAGGGGGUAGGCUUAUGGAAAACUGAAUUUCUCUCUUUUCUGUGGAUAAAUUUUUCAUUUUCUUACUUUUUUAUCAAGUACAAAUACUCAUUGAAUUUUUAUACUCAUUUAAUUUGGUUUCCUUCAGUUAACAAAGAUUUUUAAGGAAAAAAAUAUGACAUGGCAUUUUCAAUCUGUAUAUGCUUUUUCUCGGUAGUAUAUCAAUUUCAACCAUUUUUACAGGAUUUACUCUAUUGUUUCAGUAAAAUUGAUGUAUCAAUUCAGUCUUUUAUGGUUUCUAAGCUUUAUCACAGUCACAUUGAUGUCUUUUUUCAUUUUUAAUUCUCAUAAUAUAGAUUUUUUACAUGUACCAUUUGCUUCUUUUCGUCUUUUAAGCCGCUGAUCUAUUAUUUGAUAUAUCUCAAAUUCCUGUGGAUGAAAACUCAUGAAACUUUCACAAUUUAUGUACUUUGAUAUGUCGUUUAUGAAAAGAAACUUGAUUUUUGAAUCCUGCAUACAGCUCAUUAUGCAUGUAAUACCUUAAGAAAUAAAGAUCGCGUUUUGUGUAUAUUGCAUAACCUCCGAGUUCGAGAAAUCUUGUUUUGAAAUAUACAAGCCGAGGCUUUUAUAUUUCAAACAACAUUUCUCGACCUCGGAAGUGAUGCUGCAACAUACACGAAAACAAAAACUUUAAUUCUAUAUGAUGCCAUAACUACGGCCUAGAAAUAUACAGCUGAUUGUUUACCCAUACAGCUACGAACUUUAUUAUCUACUUUCAAUAAAAUAUCUAAGUAUGAAGCAGAAGUGGACAACCCUGUGGUGUCUUUUAUUACGAGUUCACGGGGAUAUAUCGAAUCGACAUAUGAAUGAAAUUUGUUAUUGUUUAUAGAUAAAAUGUCGUCGAUAUAUCUAAAUGUUGAAUUAAAGACCAUAGCAAGAGAUUUAUUCUUCGCACGUAGAAGUUUUUUAAAAAUAAAUUCUGCUUCAUAAGAAUAUAAAACCAGGUCAGCUAACAAAGGAGCACAAUUCGUGCCCAUGGGAAUUCCAAUGUGUAUCAAUCUCGGAGUGCAGACGAUUGAUUUAUGCUGAAUGGGAACUGUCAUUCAGUCAUAUAUUGAUCAAUUUUUAUGAUUAUAAAAUUGAAUGAUCAGUUAUCGACUUUAUUGUUGUACAUAUGCAUUAACAAAACACGAAGUGCAAGCGUGAUGUGUAUCGAUUUUCUAAUAAUUAGUUAUUACGUAUGGAGGUAUAUCACAUAAUAAUGACUGCAGUAUUCCUUUCAUCUUGGCAUUAACCGUGGUAGAAUAGAAUUUAGAAAUCCCAUGUCCUGUAAGUUUGCUGUAUAAUAAAUACCUAUCACUGUAAAUAGAGAAGUCCAAUGCAGUCCAAUAUCACCACAAAUCUUGUUAUCACUAUAAGCCUUUAAAUCAAUCCAUACAGCCCUAGUUUUAGAAAUAUUUGGUUUGAAUACUAAAAAUUUGGAGAACUGAAAAAGAUCUAAUGCACUUUUUAGGGAAUUUUCUGUUCCAUCUGCAUAUUGUAGUAAUCGUACCUCUUCUUUGCUUCUUUAUUUUUAGGUAGCUCACUACACUAAAGCUUAUACUCUGUAUGACACCACGUCACAAGAUGGCGAUUUAAAUGUUUUGUGAAAUUAUUUGUAUCGAUCGACUUGUUUGUCUAUCAUCGUAGCUCAGUGGUUAAAGGAUUGGGCUGGUGAACCGCAGAUCUCGAGUUCAAAUCCCCCAGUCUUUUGUUCAUACACGUAUUUGUUGAAAUGGGGUUUUUUGUGUUUUGUUUUUUGAAAAUUAUGUUUUUAUCCAAAUUUGUGUGUGUGUGUAUAUAUAUAUAUAUAUAUAUAUAUAUAUAUAUAUAUAUAUAUAUAUAUAUUGCCUUUUUGGCAUAUAUACUUAUUGUACAUCAUCAUAUCUAUUAUCAAAUCAAUUCGUACUGAUUUGAGAAACAAUUUCUGGGUGUAGUGAGCCACCUUAAACAAGAGAAGCAGAAAUAUAUUUCUUGCGAAUUGCAGACAAAAUAGGAAAUCCUCCUCAGGUUACUUCAUAAGUUAUACUGAUGUAUAUGUAUUAAAAACUCGUUACAACUUAUUAUGAAAAAAUAUGAAGCAAGCGCUUGUGGGUACCACCCCAACCCACCUCUUUCCGCAGUUUUGUCAUUUUCAUUUUAACAAGGUGUCAAAUUCUUCCUUUUCAUAUUUAUUCCUGACAUAAUCUUUGAAAGAAUAUGUGCAACUUGAACUCGUUCUUCAAGCUUUACAGUUAAAGCCGACAACUCAAAAUUAUUUGGAAGGUAUUGUUGAGGAGAAAUUAUCUGUAAUGCUUAGCAAUUUCUGAUUUUCUAUGAAUAUCUAUGAAUGUUUUAAGACUACAAUAAAGAAAAUGAUA